AUGACUGUUCGGGUUAGCUCUAAGAGAGCCUACAACUGGUUCGUUUCUUUGGUCGCAGCAGCCUGCAUGGUGUUGUACGGGUACGAUGCGUCCGUAUUCAACUCCGUUCAGGGCUCCAAGAAUUGGGUGGCUUGGUUCGAUAACCCUAAUGCCAACCUGAUCGGAUCCAUUAAUACCGCCUAUACUGUUGGUGCUAUCUUUGGAGGUUUCUUCUGCGGUGGUCCCAUUGCCGACUACCUCGGCCGCAAGGUCGGAAUGGCGACGGGUUGUGUCCUGGUUAUCAUUGCCACGUUCUUGCAGGCCUUCGCCCCUUAUCACAGCCUGGCGUGCUUCAUCGCUGGUCGUGUCCUCAUUGGUAUUGGUCAGGGUAUUGCCUUGACGGCCGGUCCUAUUUACAUCGGCGAACUGGCUCCUCCUGAGAUCCGUGGACAGAUCAUGACCUUCUGGCAGAUGUUCUACUCGGUUGGAUCUUUCAUCUGCUUCUGGAUCAACUACGGAUGCACCAAGCACAAGGCCAGCCUGGGUGAGUGGGAUUGGAAGCUGGUUGUCAUCUUCCAGCUUUUGGUUCCCAUUCUGAUCCUCGUGACCCUCCCAACCAUCCCUGGUAGCCCUCGUUGGUUUAUCAAGCAUGGUAACAACAUUGAGAAGGCCCGUGCCGCCCUUCGACGAGUGCGUGAUACUGAAGAGGAGGUUGAGGACGAGAUUUUGCAAAUCCGCGAGGCCAUCGAGUACGAGAAGGAAGCUAUCUCCGGCAACUACAGUGCCCUUUGGAAGGAUAAGUCUCUCCGCAAGCGCAUGUACCUGGCCUUGAUCCUCAAUGCUGGUCAGCAAAUUACUGGCCAGGGCUCGCUCAACUCCUACUCGACCAAGAUCUACUCCAAGAUUUUCACUAGCAGCAGCCAGAUUGCUCUUAUCAAUGCCCUCAACGCUACCUGUGGUAUCCUCUUCACCCUGAAUGCCAUGUGGAUUGUCGAUCGCUUUGGACGAAAGGUUCUUCUGAUUGCCGGUGGCAUUGGUAUGGGAAUUUGCAUGAUCAUCGUUUCUGCCGUCGAAACAGAGACACCGACCGGGGCGAACGGGGCUAAAUCCGAACCUGUCGGUAUCGCGAUUGUGUUCUUGCUAUUCCUAUUCAUCUUCUUCUACAAGCCAUCUUGGGGUGCAACCGUCUGGAUCUGGACGUCCGAGAUUUUCUCCAUGAACGUUCGCGCCCAAGCCGUCGGUAUGGCCUCGCAGACCCAGAACGUCGCCAACACCAUCUUCCAGCAGUUCUUCCCCAUCUUCCUUGACCACGAUGGGUUCUACGCCUUCUACUUCUUUGCGGGUAUCAACUUCCUGCUGUCUGUCUUUGUCUUCUUCUUCAUCCCUGAGACUAAGAAGGUCACCCUCGAGGAGAUUGAUACUCUCUUCGGUGGUGCCAACCACGUCGCACAGGGCGAGGAGGUUCUUGCUCACCAGAAGGCUGUGGCUGUUGAGGCUCAUCACGAAGUGAAUGAGAAGCCUGGAUCGGUUACUGUUGAGAAUGUUGAGCGCAAGUAA